AUGGUCAAACCUGUGUCUGUGCAAGCUAAAAUAAGAGAAAGUACAAGGUUUUAUCCUUACUUUAAGGACUGUAUAGGAGCAAUUGAUGGGACACAUAUUCCAGCAAUGGUGAAGGGACCUGAGAUAAGCGCAUACCGAAACAGAUAUGGAAAAACAUCACAAAAUGUAUUGGCUGCUACUAACUUUGACUUGGAAUUCAUUUAUGUGCUCAGUGGGUGGGAAGGUUCAGCUCAUGAUUCAAGAGUACUAAAUGAUGCAUUGACAAGGAGAAAUAGGCUUAAGUUACCUCCAGAAAAUGCGCGUGAGUUAUUCAAUCUUCGUCAUGCUUCCUUGAGAAACGUAGUUGAGAGAAUAUUUGGAGUACUUAAAUCCCGUUUCACAAUAUUCAAGACUGCACCUCCAUUCCCAUUUAAGACACAAGCGGAGCUAGUGUUGGCUUGUGCAGGACUUCACAACUUUCUUCGUAAGGAAUGUCGUUCUGAUUUAUUUCCUGUUGAACCGGAGGAUGAAGAAGAUUAUGAACAUGAAGAAGAUCCGGAAGAUGAAUUCCAAACCCAAGACCAACAAAGAGAGGAAGCUAAUGAUUGGAGAAUGGAGAUAGCUAAUCAUAUGUGGAGAGAUGCAAGACCUGCACCUGAUCCUGAACCCAAUCCUCCACCCGUUGUUGAAGGCAAUAAUGCAGCAGAACAAUUAUGA